AUGGACUCUUCCUCCAUUACCUCCAAAUCUUCCCCCUACUUCGACUCCCUCGUCCGUCGUCGCCAACAAAAGAAAAUGAGCAUCACCCAAACAUACUAUCUCGCCCACACUGCCCGGAAGAAGCUUACCCGGGAAGCUUCCCGGGCAGAUCACGAUCUGCGCCUACUCGUCGGUCAUGCCAACCUCCUCGAUUCACUGAUGUUCGACCUCGCCGACGCCGAGCGUGAACAAGAACGCUGGUUCAACCAGUCUGUCAACGGAGCUACCAAGUCGUCUUCUUCCCGCCAACACAUCCAAUGGGCUUCGACCGUGGUCGAAGAGCCUGAGGAUGACUGGGAUCCAGAGGAUGCCUCCGACCUGGACUCCGAACUCAGCGACAGCGAUGACUCCGACUUCGACGAGUCCGAAUUCCUUGUCAACACUCCAGUUCGCCACCGUGCUCCAUCCCCAGUGGCUCCCUACCAUGAGGACCUACUGGAAGAGGAUGAUGGCGAUGACACCGAUUCGGACUUUGAAUACGACGAGGAAGAUCUGGGCGAUCUGAGCUUGACUCGCUCGCCAUCACGCCAAUCCCCGCCCGAGCUUCUCGCGGACUCUGAUGGUGAAUCGGAGGAUGAAGUGACGCCGCCAUCGCCGCCCCAGCCUGCGCUGGAGACCUUCGACGAGAAAGAGCCCACCACUACAGCCAUUGCAUUGGCUGAUCAACCCCAUCUCUUUGAGCAAGGGUACUAUGGUGCACAAGAGCAGAGUAUCAUCGAGGCUUAUUGA